AUGCAGCGCACGGGCGAGCAGCUGCGUCAGCUGCUGGGGCAGCAGUUAAGCCGCGCGGUUGUGCCGCUGGCAACGGCGCCGCUGGCAACGCUAAAUCGUCGACGUCCGGCGCUAGUGGCGCCAAGUUCGCCAGCAGCAGCUGCUGCCAGAUUUGCUGACUACGACGAUGCGCCAGUUGCAGCUCCAGCUCCACUUGACUACAAUCCGUAUCGCGAUAACUUCUCGGACAUGAAUCCAGAUGGCAGCUACAUUUUUGGCUACUCUCUGCCCAAUGGCGUGCGCCGCUGGGAGCGUGGCUACUUCUCUGGCCAGCAGCAGAGCCGCGUCGUUGAAGGUUUUUCCGUUGAGCCGCGUCAUUAUCAAUCCGGCGUAAGCUACGAGCUGCGCUGCUAUCGCGCCGACGCCUACGGCUAUCAUCCGCUUGGCAUUGAGUACAUACAGCAGCCGCCAGUUGUGCGUCGCGAUUUGCUGCCUCGCGUGCACUGCUUGAAUUUGCAGCGUUAA